AUGGACAGUGACAUAGCAUUGUACCACUAAUUUUCAAUGGAUAAUAAUCAAUAAAUCUCAAUGUUAAAAUUAGAUUAAGAUGUGAUCAUUCUUUCUAAUACAUAAGCUUUUCUUUUAGAAAUGGAAACCUUAUCUAAAAGAUCAGUUAUCUAUAGAGAAGUAAAAGAUUGGCAAUCAAGAACUUAUCGGAGAUUGACAAAAUUGAUUAAAAUCUAAAAUAAAUAGUUUUUGCUAUCAGCAAUAGGAGAAGAUGGAUUAGAACUCUAUAGUGUAGAAGGUAGAAAUAUCACAUUCACUAAGUAAUUCUAAGCAUACAAAAACAUUGUUGAUUUUGCUGAAGUGAAUAACAAUGUAUAUAUACUAGAUUCUGAAUAAGGACUUAUAUGGUGUUAUGUUGAAUCUGCCAAUCUUACUACUCAAAUCAAAAAAAUAGAUAAUAUGCAGGGUGGAAUUGCUGUUGAUUCAUACAAUGGAAUCAAUGUCUUCGUAGCAUAUAAGUGGGUUCGUUAUGCAGUAGUUGAAUAUAUUGUAAACUAGACAUCAUAACAUUGGUAUAAACAUAAUAUGAUUUACACAAAAAAGAUCUAUGACGUAGAUGCUCUUGCUGACUUUGCAAUCAUUUAAGGAUAAUAUCAUCAUCUUGUUUUAUUUAAUUAUCAUUUAUCUGAUGAGAACACAUACCUUAGACACUUUCGUUUAUCAGACUUUCAAGUGUAUUAUCACUAAGAUAAAGUCUAUUUUAGUGGCAUAACAUCAAAAUCCUAUGUAUUUUCAGAACUUUAUGUUCAACCUGCCUAAAUUACUUGUUUCUCUAAUCAGACACCAAUUAGUUUCUCUUACAAAUUAUAAUAUAUCCAGUAGAUUACUAAAAGUAAAUACUAAAAACAUCAUUAAAAGUUUUAGGUUAGUAUUAUUGACACUUAUUUUUAUGAAGAUUAAAUAGUUUUGAUAGUUAUAGGUUGUUUUUUGAUUCUUAUACUUUUAAUCUUGCUUUUGAUUUUUUUGAUAAAAAAAAAUAAAUCUAUGUUAGCAUAAACCAUGGAGUUAGAAAAUAUUAUUUUAUAUAAAUAUAAAUAAGAUGUUCUGAAGAAAGAAGAUGAUCCUCCUUAGAUAGUAUAAUUGAACUUAAUGAGUGUUAGAGAAUCAAAAGAUAUUGAACAUUUGAAUAUUUAAUAAUGA